AUGGCCAAGUACACGAACUUGUUCAAGCUCAUGAUGCCGGACAGGGCCAAGAUCAUGCGCAUGUUCACGCACGCACGGGUGCACGAUCACAGCUGCGAGCAGGCACCUGCGCGAGUUGCAGGACUACCGCCCGCAGACAGGCUCGGACCUCAUCAUAUCUUCGAACACGCUCGUAGGCAUGAUGCUAAUCGUGACCCUGACCAAAGUUUUCGUCGCGUGCACGGACUCAGUCUUAGAAAGGAAGUCGUUCCUAAGGCGAUCAGGACAGGGUCGAAGAGUCGGUCGAGAACGAGGUCGAGCCCAGGACCAGAUGCGUGCACGUGA